AAAAAAAAAAAAAAAAAAAAACUGUAAAAUCUAGAUUCUACGACCAUGGUAUUAAACCAUGUUUUGCUUGUAUAGGUCUCCUGCCGGUGGUUGGUGGUCCAGACCCAAGACUUGGAAGUCAAACACAGUCAUUGCCGCUCUUGGUAUGGCUGUCACUCUUGGUGCUGUCUGGAGAGUCUCUGCUGAAAAAGAGGUUCGUUAUCAACAACCCAAGCGUUGGAUCCCUUCCAUGAUGUGGGCCAAGCAAUACAAGGAUCAAGAAUAAAUAUAAAAUUAAAGACAAGAAUAAAAAACCUCUCUAUAUAUAUACAUAUAUUAAAUCUCUCUUUUUUUAUUAUUAUUAUUA